AUGAGGGGGGGUCGGGCUCCGAGGUUUGAAUAGGGAAGUUUGCAGAGCGCAGUUGUCCGUCAUCCAGUCUGGUGUGUUGUGUUUGCAAAUAUCUCGAGACGGAGCGGAGAGGAGAAGGAAGUGUGGCGGACUGAAGGACGAGGACUGUUGUGGUUACUGCUGCAGAAAACAAGUCGCUCGCAUCGCAGGGAAUCGAUUUUUAUCCCCCUUUUUUUGUGGGUGUUGUAUAUUUUUGGCCUGAAAGCGCAGCUGUGUUAGUUUAUUUUUUUAUAUAUAUACAGACAGAGAAGUUCGGCGGAAAAAAAUGGAUGUUUUACCUAUGUGUAGUAUUUUUCAAGAACUUCAAAUAGUUCACGACACGGGGUAUUUCUCAGCGUUACCGUCCCUGGAGGAGUACUGGCAGCAGACCUGCUUGGAGUUGGAGCGCUACCUACAAAGCGAGCCCUACGUCUCUACGUCCGACCUGAAGUUCGACAGCCAGGAGGACCUCUGGAGCAAGCUGAUUUUGGCUUGUGGGGAUAAGACCAAGGCUGAGUGCGACCCGAGGCUUCCCCCGGCCCACGAGGAGGACAAUCAGGACAGCCACAUCUUGGACAGCAACAGCGUGAAUUCGGACGCCAGCAGCGAGGCCUCGGACAGUUCUGAGGAGCUCUCGCCGACGCACAGCUUUACCUCCAACCCUCUGGGUUCUGUAUUGGUGGGCUCUGGACCUUUUAGCCCCUCCGUCAUCAGCACUCCGCCGUCCUCUCCGGAGGCGGGCGCCGUCGUGAACGGCUGGGUGGCCUCGCACGCCGAGCUGCACUUGCCGGUCAAAAUCAGGAGCGGCGGGACGACGACGGCGGCGGCAGCGGUGGCGGCGAAGGGUUCGGACAAGACGGGACUCUGCGGCGAGGCCUCUCCGGACGGCCGGAGGCGAGUGCACAAAUGUCACUUCAACGGGUGUCGCAAGGUUUACACGAAGAGCUCGCACCUAAAAGCACACCAGCGCACUCACACAGGUGAAAAACCGUACAGGUGUUCGUGGGAAGGCUGCGAGUGGCGCUUUGCACGGAGCGACGAGUUGACCAGACAUUUCAGGAAGCACACUGGGGCCAAGCCAUUUAAAUGCAAUCACUGUGACAGAUGCUUCUCCAGGUCUGACCAUCUGGCUCUUCACAUGAAGAGGCACAUCUAAAGCAGGACAGACACCACAACCAAGCAACACAACAGAGGGGAAAUCCUUUUUUCUCUUUUCUUUUUUUCUUCUUCUUUUUUUUCCUUAAAGUGGAGAGAAAAAAAAUGCCAUCUCCCGACUGACCAGUCUCUUGGUUGAACUGUCCCAGAGCAGAGUGGCGGGAGUGUGUUCCAGCCAAAGCAUGCCGUUUUGCACCAUACUGAAAACCCAGUGCCUCUGGGACCCGUCCUUUUAUGGAGAGGGGCGCUCUGAAGGUUGACUGUUGCAACAAGAGGACAAAAAUCAUCAUUCGGGUGGGGAAGGAAAGAAAUGUUUUUUAGUUAAAAAAAAAAUAUAUAAAAAACACACAAAAAAAAUUAAAAGCAAGGACAAAAGCAUAGAGAGUGAAUGAAUCGUACGUAUGGUGCAUGAUGUUUUGGGGACAUUUCCUGGACAGCAGAUACACUGGUACUUUACAAACCUGUCUGAAGUAAGCAUGUGUGCACUGUGAAUGUCUGAGAUUGGCUGACUGGCCCCCACCUUCCCCCGGGAGGAGACACGAAAGGAGGAGGAGCGGGAUGACGAGGUGGAUUGGUGCGGGGCUGGUACCAAUGUUGCUGUGGACCGAGUGGGUUUCUGAAGGGGAAACAUUACUGCUGUGUUUUCCCCGGUGGCAGUGUGAGGAUGAGUCUGGCACCCAGACUCUGAAAUGGAGGGGGGGAACGCUUCUCUGAAGCUUCUGAGACCUCGGGUCAGACCAAAGUGGGAGAGAGACAUGUCACCUUCUGGUCUGUGACCCAGGGUUUGAAACCCCCCCUCCUUCCAUCAGGUCACUAUAUGACAGAAGCUUCGUUUGGUGUUUUUUAUUUUAUUUUAUUUUUUUAUUUUUAUUUUUUUUGGUGCAGCUACUAAAUGUGCAAUGUGUUAUGUAGCCUGGUUUAUAAUUUUUUCUUACAAGCUACAAAGCCCAUUUUGUAGUCCCGACUGUAUAAGCUGUGUGCUUAGGGGUAUAACACGACUAUACUAUAACUUCGAUAUCAUAGACAGGUGUUGCAUGGUUCUAGGGUUUGUUCAUUUCCACUGUAAUCAGGACUGCAAAUAGUUUCAAUAAAAGUGCAGCUAAAACGGUUAAAUGUUACAAUGUUGUACAUAAAGCCUUGUUGAUUUUUUUCGAUUUUCACAUUUUCAUCCAUUUCUUUCGUUCUGGUUUCUAUUGAUGUGUACACUACUCCAAGUAUUUUUUUAAACAAAUGCUUAUAUUUUGUUUGUUUUUUUUAAUCUGUGCAAUUCUAACAAUGUUGAAGUACUUAUGCCGAGCCACUAGGUGGCAAUAAUGUCCACAUUAGCAUUGAUAUUCAGAGAAAGAGAACCUUUGUAACUUGGCUCAAAAAAUGUCCAAAAACAACUAGCCUUUUUUUUUUUUUUUUUGAAUACUGUUUACAGUUUCCUCUCCGUUUUUUAACUUUUUCAUCACACGAUCAAAAUGUAAUGUCAACAGAAAUGGGAUAAAGAAAUACGUGKGAAAUGGUGAGAACUGCUCUAUUGUUGUUUUGGUUUCUGGGGCACAAAGUGAAAGUGACCGCGCACAAAAUGGACUGAAUUGUCAUUAUGUCUGGAAAACCUCCAGUAUUUUGAAUCCACUCACCAAUCAACGUUUUUUUUUUAUUUGUAAUUCCACUUUGGAAAACUAUUUGAAUAAAACAACCUGUUUGUGCUUCAAAGACACAAACUGAGCAGAAAAAUCUCAGUUUUUUGAAAAUAUCUGGAGUAGUGUAGAUUCAUUCAUUGAAUGCCUUGAAGACUAAUUUUUAUUUGCAUAUUUUUUAAUUGCGUACUUACUUUGUAUCUAAUAAUGCACUGUUGACCUUAAUGGUGCCUUAUGCAAGUGGCUCAACCCCCUGUGGUAGCUGAAGAGCGCUUCCCCCCACCCCCCCUCCAGGGAAGUCACGUUUGUUGUCCGGGUGAUUUGACAAGCUCCAUCAAGGCUCAAUUACACCCAGUGUCCUGCGAUAGUGACAUAAUCUGACUGUGUUAGAAAAUUAAGUGUUUGCAAAAAUACAGAUUCUCAGUUGACUGCCUUUCUUUGGUUUUGUGCGUUUCAGUUUGAGCACCAGUGUUCUUGAUCAUCGAGUUGAAUUAAUUCUGAUUAUGUAUAUACGACAAAUCUGUAUGAGAGCACUUAAAUACAUUUAUCGAUCAGGUUUUUUCCUGUGCUGAAUGUAGUGGAGUCUUAUGUCACGCAGCACAAGGGUACAAAAAAAGACUAAGAAAUACACUGGUGGUCUUUCAUCCACAGUGUCCUUUCCCCACCGAUAUCACCCUCCCCCUGCAAGUGGGACUGAAGAAAAAGCUAAAGAUUUAUUGUAAUUAACAGGCUGCAGUCGGACAGGCCUCGCCUUGUACUGCCUCUCAGUAAUGAAUUGCUAAAGGCUUUGUUGGCAUGGAAUCUGUCACAGACUGCUGACUGUGUAGGUUGGUUAUUGACCUGUCUGGAGCGCGUUGUUUUAGCCAAGCUGCAACAGUAUUAUGGAAACCACAGAGACGAGUAAGCGACUGGGUGGGGUGGGGGCUCAUCAAGCAUUGACAGCGCGCAUUGAAAUUUUGAUAUAAAGGARGAAAUGAAAAGUAAGAAGAGCUGCAUCUUCGUUAUUGGGGAUGAAUUGUGGACGAAAAUCAGAGCCCGAAACAACGGUGGGGAUUAAAGUUAUUAGCGCUUGAGGAUAAAGAGAUCUUCGCCUCCCACCCCAGGUUGGCGACCUCGCUGUAGGAAUCCGAUGUUGCAGCAAGUCACGCCGUGACACCCCCCCUCACACACACACACACACAUUCGAUGUAUGGAUUUCAGAUGAGCGAGCGCAGGAGGCAGAAUGAGUACAAGCUUGAAACUGCUUAUUGCAGUGGAUUUGGGAGAGCUGGCGAUGCCUCUCGUGGGCAAAGAGCAGCAACAGCAGCAUCCAUUCUGUUAAAAAAAGCAGCAGCCGAUACUCUUCAAGUGAUAAUUGAGCCUUGAUUUAGCUCCGUUUUUUUUCUCACAUCUUUUACACUUUUCCAUCAUCUCUUUCAUCUCACCACCUCAGCUGUUCUCUCUCUCACACACACACACACACACACACUGCUCUUUGUUCUCAACUGAAUCUUUGUACAAAAAAAAAGAAAAACUUUUGUAAAAUUGUUAUGUUUAUGCUUUCUGAAAUUUUUAUUUGAAAUUGUUUUGCAAAAUUGUUAUAUUUCUGUAUGAAUGUAUUUUUUAUCGGAAUAAUAAGAAAUUCUUAUCUGAA